CAUUGGUGAACUAAAAUGUUGCGACUUUACAUUUGUUUCAUAGCAUGGUGUAGAUCUGAUGAUGCGUUGGCCAAUUAUCUGCAAGUGCUCGCAUCCUUAAGCUCGACCAUCGUGCCGUUGAUGACCGAGCAAAGCAUCUCGGAGCGGCAGCAGGCUGACAAUGAUUCAGACAACGAAUCGAAUGGCAGUGUAACCGAUCAGGAGCAGGCUGACAUCCUGCGGCAGUGCGUUGAAAUGUUAAACGAGCAACAGCGCGUAAACGGCGUACUGUCCGCGAUCGAACAGAGCCAAUCGGAUCCCUCCACGUUGUUACAACCACUGUGCCGGUUGUGCCAUCAUCUACUCAUCACCAAUAAACUGGCCGUUCAAAAGUACAAACUACUCUAUAUGCUCGCAUUCAAGCCAGUGUUUCUUAAACAUUUGUGGACCAGCUUAGCGUCAAUUCGCCAGACGUCGUUGUUCGGCGGCGGUGCUGCUACAUCUCUUUUGCAGAUUAUAUCGCGUGGAAUCGCUCUCUCAGCCGAGGACACUGACAGGAUAGUUCCAUUAUUGGCAGUGUUCUGCUCGUUAUUCAGCCUGCUGAUCGCGACGUUGCACGACACCGAGUUCUUUCUCGAGCAGACCUCCGCGGAACAUACGUCCAACAAUCGGCAACAGCACGCAAUGCCGUUUACCAUCGCGGAACUUGCGGUGCUAUCUGGUCACUUGAAGGGUGUCUGUCUGGGUUUGGUGGAGCUCGCAUUUCCCGACACUCGACCCACGGUGCGCGACGACUACAAAAAUGCCGUACUAGGUCCUACAUCUGCUAUUCAAUGCCGACACGACACGCAGAUCUGGACGCACCUGUUCAAGGUUACGGUGGGUCUACUGCGACAAUUACACACGCGCGAUCUCAGGCGGCAGUUCUGCCCGGAAGGCCACUGGAUUGCGUCCAACGUCGUCAUUCCCAUCGACAAACCGCAAGAUUUCGCCUUCCGUAGACGGCGGUUACGUGGAUACGUGCCCUUUCAGAAUCUGAGGGCUUUCACGAGGGAGGAAUUCGAGGAGGGGCCACCGCUGUCGGCCACGGAAGUGCGAACGUUGACGCUGCUACGCGAGAUACCGUUCGUUGUACCGUUCAACAAUCGCGUAGUAGUGUUCCAGUCGUUGAUCUACAAGGACAAAGCGGAACAGCAGGGCGAGCUCGCGCACUUCAUGCAGGGUCCGUCGAUACAGAUCUCCGUGAGGCGAAACUACCUCUACGAGGACGCUUUCGAGAAGUUGUCGCCGGAAAACGAGCCGGAGCUACGAUUAAAGAUGCGAGUACAGCUUGUCAAUACCGCGGGGUUGGAGGAAGCCGGUGUCGACGGCGGCGGUCUGUUCAGGGAAUUUUUAUCCGAGCUGCUCAAGACCAGCUUCGACCCUAACCGCGGCUUCUUCAAGCUCACCAAGGAUAACAUGCUAUAUCCAAAUCCUACAGUGCAGUUACUAGUUGACGACUUUCCGAAACAUUACUACUUCAUUGGCAGGAUCUUGGGGAAAGCGUUAUAUGAGAAUCUGCUAGUGGAGUUGCCGUUCGCAGAGUUCUUCUUAUCGAAGGUCGUCGGACGGCAGUCAGAUGUGGACGUGCACCAUCUGGCUUCCCUCGAUCCUAUCAUGUAUCGCAAUCUGCUCUAUCUCAAGAGUUACAAGGGCGAUGUGGCGGAUCUCGGGUUGGACUUCACCGUGCUCAGCGAUGAACUUGGCGAGAGACGGGUCGAAGAAUUGAAGCCGAGCGGCACCAACAUCCCCGUAACGAAUCACAAUCGCAUCGAGUACAUUCAUUUGAUGGCCGAUUAUAAACUGAACAAGCAGAUACGCGCGCAGUGUUUCGCGUUCAAGCAAGGAAUCGGCAGUGUUGUGCCGCUCGACUGGCUGCAGAUGUUCAACAAUAAAGAGCUGCAGGUACUCAUCUCGGGCGCACAGAUCCCUGUAGACGUGACAGACUUGAUGCUGCACACCAACUAUACCGGCGGGUACGCGCCCGACCAUCCGACUAUCACUGCCUUCUGGAAGGUCGUCAACGAGUUCAACGAUCAGCAGAAGGGCCAGCUACUGAAAUUCGUCACCAGCUGCAGCCGCCCUCCUCUCCUAGGAUUCAAGGAACUCGAUCCACCAUUCUGUAUCCAGCAUGCCGGUACCAUGGAUCGUUUGCCGACUUCGAGUACCUGUAUGAACUUACUGAAACUUCCCGAGUUUCCGGAUGAGAAAACUCUGCGCGAGAAACUCCUAUACGCGAUACAGGCCGGCGCGGGCUUUGAGCUCAGUUAGAGAUCUUCAAUUUUACUUUUACUGAUUUCCAUUUCACCGAAAUGUGUAAAUAUAAUGUGUAAAACUCUGCGAGUACAAGGCAUAAUGGGGAAGAAAAUAUCGUGGAAACUUUAUUUGUGCUGUAUUUUCCAUGAAUUACUGUUAAUUCUCUACAAGAGUCUCAUACGAAAAAAGCAAAGAUAUUUAUACUAACAGGAGGGGCCAAUUACAUAUACACUAAGCAAUAGUACCUACCUACGGAGAUUAUCAUCGAUGUCACUUCGAUGCGCCGUUCGUGAAGAAAAAGAAAAGAACACGUUUGUGUGUGUGUGUGUAUGUAUGUACAAUGUAUGUCGAAGUACAUAUGGAUAUUUUUUCGCUUUCGAUUUUUCCUACCACCUUUGGCCUACAAGUGUAUAAAUUAUGUAUAUUUUUAUUGUUUUAUAUUUGCCAUAUGAUGUGAUUUUAUCACAACGACUGCUACUUUAUUUCAAAUGUACGUGAGAGAAUAGAUGUAUGUAUUUAUGAGGUAUUGCUAAGUUAUGUAAAUAAAAUACCUUAAAGCGUUGAAAAAGAGUGUGUAGAUAUUAUUAAAAAAAGGCAAUUGUGGACAUUGUUAA